AUGCACUCGGAGUCAGAGUCAGGCUAUGAGUCCCAAGUCUCGAUGGACGAGCCGUUCACGCCCAUGUUUAAAAAGGAACCUCAUCAUGAUGGACAACUGCCGGAUAUCACACCAGACGAUCGUGUUAUUGCAGUCAUGGGGAUAACAGGUGUUGGGAAAAGCACCUUCAUCUCACAUUUUAACGAAGAUGCUCUUGUAGGCGAUAGCUUGAUGUCCUGCACAACCGAAGUAGGCAUCCACAAAGCCCAAAUCGACAACCAACGGAUCUUCUUAAUCGACACACCCGGUUUCGACGACACGACACGGUCCGACACCGACGUGCUCGUGGAAAUCGCCGACUGGCUCCGCUUCUCCUACAACGAAAACAUUAAACUGGCCGGAAUCAUCUACCUGCACCGAAUCAAAGAUGUGCGGAUGGGCGGCGCAUCCAUCCGCAACCUGAUGAUGUUCAAGAAACUCUGCGGCGAGAAAUGUCUCAACGGGGUGGUUCUCGCCACGACGAUGUGGAACAACCCUCCCACCGAGAAGGAAGUGAAGCGGGAGAGCCAGUUGAAAUCGGAGCGGAAGUUCUGGGGUGAGAUGAUCGGGCAUGGGAGUCAGGUGUUCCGCCAGGAUGAUGGAAUUACGUCUGCGACGGAGAUUAUUCGGUAUAUUUUGAGCCGGCCGCAGAAUGUGACGCUGAGGAUUCAGGAGGAGAUGGCCAGUGGGAAGUCGUUGGGAGAGACUGCUGCUGGGAAGGAGGUCCAGGCGGAGGUUGAGAGGCUGAGAGCCAGAUAUGAGAGGCAGUUGAACGAGCUGCGGAAGGAGAUGAAGGAGGCGGAACGGAGACAGGAUCUCAAUCAUAAGAAGGAGAUUGAGGCCGUGCGGGCUGAGCUCGAAGAGGAGUUGAAGAGCAGUAAGCAGCAGCAAAGCAUCUUACGCAUGGACAUCGACGAACUACAGAGGGAGCGAGACGCAAUGCAUCAACAGGAUAUGGCGCACAGAGAAGCCAUUGACGAGCUACGGAGACAACGCGACGCCGAGCGGGAGGAAAUGUACGAAAAGGAGAUGGCCCACAAAGAAGCCCUGCACCAGCGAGACGCCGAUCUCCGGGUCCUCAGAGCCAGAGACGAAUAUGAAUCACGAUUAUUGGAGUUGGAAACGCAAAUGGCGCGAGAAAAAAACCGUCGGGGUGGAUGUGUGAUGAUGUAG